AGAAGUUUGAAUAGCAAGGUCUUCACGUGUAUAGCUGUUAUUUUAUCUUUAGAUAAACAAUUGACUUUUUCCUAGUUAAGAUUGCAUUCAUGUCCAUAUGUAGUGAGUUUGUGUACAUGGGCGUAAUAUUUUACCCCCUACAGAAUAGCAAAUGAUAAUAUAUGUUGAAGAGGUGUUAAAUUUGAGAGGGUUGUCAUGAUAGAAAGGAAGGACGAGACAAGCUCACCAGCAGGCAGUAGUGCAGAUGUGACAAAUCCUGCAGCUAGCUUAGCACAGUCUCACCAUUUGCUGCAGCUAACAACUUGUGAAGUUCAAGCGAAACUUCGUGAAUCAUUUGCUAGGCUGACUGAAGCCUUGCAGUCUCGUGAGAAGCAGCUCUUGCGGCAAAUUGAUGUUCUCCACAGUCAACAGAUAGCUCUGUUGCAGUCACAGCAUUCUAUCCCUACCAACUGCAUCACUGGUGCUGCAGUUGGAUCAGUACCUCAGGUUACGUUGAAUCUGGACCAAGAGGAGUAUUUGUAUGACAGCAUUUUGUCCUUUGGAAAAGUUAGCGUGAAAGGAGGAAAUCUUGUUGCAAUUGAGGGAAGUGUGGCACCAUUCUCUGUCCCUUACAGAGUUGAGGAGUACCAGGAUGCGAAUGAAGACCACGUGUGCCUCUACAAACCUCUCUCAAAUCACUCAACACCUCAACAGCAAAUUGUUCGAUUUAACUUUGCUCCACGUCUGGAGGGAUUUAGUGAAGUACAACAGCCACAGGUGGAAACAUCAGCCGCAGCAGGAUCUGCACUUAGUAAAGUAUCUUCUGAAACUUUGGCAUCUGCAAAUGACAGCUUUAUUGGUGACAGUCGACGUCCAUCUCAAGUUCAGCAGUGGUUGCAGCAAAUAAUGGCAGAAACAGAGACAGAGCCAUCCAUAGGGGAACAGGAGAAGAACUUUGCUUCCUUAAGCCAGUCAGAACGUCUUCUUGACUGAUUACUGUACAACCGCUUUUGAGUUCAGAGAUGUGUCACAGGCAGACACUGUGAAUAACAGUUUCCAGAUUGUAGGAUAUUAUGGAUUUUAAACUUUGGCACUCAUAAUCAGCUUUACUAGAUUACACUAUAAAUAUGGAUUAUUCUGCUGAAAGUAUUCAUUUUUUUAACGGGUACCAUAGAGGCUGAUUUUAAGUGCAUUUUGUGUUUAUAUUAUUAUGAUACUUUGUUAGUUAGUGGUAAUUUAUUUAUAAUAUAAUAUUUAUUCCAGUUCUGUAGGUUAUUCUAACUUUUGUAUGAAGGCUGAAUAAAUGUAAGUACUUUACUUUA